UGAGGUACGGGAACCCGGAAGGGCUGGGACAUAGCUCCGCCUUCGGCGCGACUACCCGACGGGAGGGCUGGGGUAGUAGCUUGUAGAUGGACUGGGUAGUCGGCCAGUGAGCAGCAUGGAGGCGCCCUGGGGGAUCGUGGACGCUGAGCCCGGCUGGUUUGUCUCUGCCAGGCAGCCCGAAGAGGCGGAGGCGGAAGAGUUGAGCCCGUUGCUUAGCAACGAACUUCACAGACAGGGAUCCCCAGGUGUUUCAUUUGGUUUCUCAGUGUUUAAUUUGAUGAAUGCCAUCAUAGGAAGUGGUAUCCUUGGCUUAGCUUAUGUUAUGGCUCAUACUGGUAUCCUUGGAUUUAGUUUCUUGCUGCUGAUAGUCGCUCUCCUGGCUUCUUACUCAGUUCAUCUCCUGCUUAGUUUGUGUAUUCAGACAGCUGUGACAUCUUAUGAAGAUCUUGGACUCUUUGCAUUUGGAUUACCUGGAAAGAUGGUGGUAGCAGGCACCAUAAUAAUUCAGAAUAUUGGAGCUAUGUCAUCUUAUCUUUUAAUUAUUAAAACAGAGCUUCCUGCUGCUAUUUCAGAAUUUUUGUCUGGAGACCAUAGUGGGUCUUGGUAUCUUGAUGGAGAAACACUGCUAAUAAUCAUCUGUGUUGCCAUUGUGUUCCCUCUUGCACUUCUUCCUAAAAUAGGCUUUCUUGGCUACACAAGUAGUUUAUCAUUUUUCUUUAUGGUGUUCUUUGCUCUUGUGAUAAUAAUCAAAAAAUGGUCCAUCCCUUGUCCUCUGACAUUAAAUUCUGUAGAGCAAUACUUCCAGAUUUCAAAUGCUACAGAUGCUUGUAAACCAAAGCUCUUUCAUUUCUCCAAAGAGAGUGCUUAUGCCAUACCAACCAUGGCUUUUUCAUUUCUCUGCCACACCUCAAUAUUGCCCAUAUACUGUGAACUUCAAAGACCGUCUAAGAAAAGGAUGCAGAAUGUAACCAAUACAGCAAUUGCUUUAAGUUUUCUCAUUUAUUUUAUAUCUGCACUCUUUGGGUACCUCACUUUUUAUGACAGUGUGGCGUCAGAAUUACUACAAGGUUAUAGUAAAUACUUGCCACAUGAUGUUGUCGUCAUGACUGUGAAGUUAUGCAUACUAUUUGCUGUGCUUUUGACAGUCCCUCUAAUCCACUUCCCUGCAAGGAAAGCUUUAAUGAUGAUGUUUUUCUCCAAUUUUCCAUUCUCAUGGAUUCGCCAUUCUUUGAUCACUAUAGCUCUCAAUAUUAUCAUUGUUUUACUUGCGAUAUAUGUUCCUGACAUUAGGAAUGUACUUGGUGUAGUUGGUUCCAGUACAUCAACAUGUUUGAUUUUUGUGUUCCCGGGACUGUUUUAUCUUAAACUGAGCAGAGAGGAUUUUCUCUCAUGGAAAAAGUUGGGGGCGUUUGUUUUGCUCAUCUUUGGUAUUUUGGUUGGUAAUUUUAGUUUAGCACUCAUUAUUUUUAAUUGGAUUAAUAAGUGAAAGAAAUCUUUUCCCACGUCUUUUGCUGAAUGAUUUACCUCCAAAUGCAAAAAGGAAUUAUUCUGGAAGGCACCUUGGAUGAUCCUCUUUAUAUGGCCUAACAUUUUUGCAAACAUUGACAGAAAAGCAGAACAAAACAGGAGUCGGUAGGGGAAAGUAGACAUAGCAGUUUUAAUCAAAAUAAGAAACUCAGAAUGCUCUUAAAUAUGUUGAGCAUCUUUUGUUUGUGGUUUUUUUUUAAUUAACGGACUUUAUUUUUUAGGGUAGUUUUAACGUUUACAGAAAUAAUUGAACAGAAUGUACAGAGAGUUCUCAUAUAUUCCCUCACUCCAGCACACCCAUAGUGUCCCACAUUACUAACAUCUUGCAUUAGUGAAGUACAUUUGUUAUACUUGAUGAGCCAACUUUGAUACAUUACUAUUAACUGAAGUACAUAGUUUACAGUAGGGUUCACUUUUGAUGCAACCACUGAUCUUUUUACUGUCUCCAUAAACACCAUGAGCAUUCCCCAUGAGCCUUUUCUAAAAUGUCAUUUGGUGGAAUCAUAUAGUAUCUAACCUUUCGGGCUGGCUUCUUUCACUUAGCAAUGUGUGUUUAAGUUUCCUCCGUGUCUUUUCAUAGCUUGAUAGCUCUUUUUUUUUAAUCACUGACAAUAUUCCAUUGUAUGGAUGUACCACAGUUUGUUUCACUGACAGUAUUCCAUUGUAUGGAUGUACCACAGUUUGUUUUUCCAUUCACCUGUUGAAUGGCCUCUUGUUUGCUUCCAAAUUUUGGCAUUUGUGAAUAAAGCUGCUACAAACAUUUGUAUGCAGGCUUUUGUGUGGACAGAAAUUUUCAGCUUAUUUGGGUUAAUACCAAAGACUAUUUUUUAGCAAUUGCUGCAUGGUAUGGUAGAAUAUUUAGUCUUAUAAGAAACUGCCCAACUGCCUUCCAAAGUGGCUGUAACAUUUUGCAGUCCUGCCAGCAAUGUGUGAGAGUUCCUGUUGUUCCACAUCCUUGCCGACAUUGGGUGUGGUCAGUGUUUGGGAUUUUCACCAUUCUAAUGGGUGUGCAGUUGUAUCUCAUUGUUGUUUUAAUUUGUAUUUCCCUAUUGACAUAUGAUGUUGAGCAUCUUUUUACAUGUUUAUUUGCCAUCUGUAUAUUUCCUUUGGUGAGGUUCAGAUUUUUAAAAUUGGGCUGUUUUUACAUUGUUGAGUUUUAAGCAUUCUUUGUAUAUUUUAGACACCAGUCCUUUAUCAGAUAUGUGUUUCACAAAGAUUUUCUCCCAGUCUGUGAGUUGCCUUUUCAUUCUCUUAACAACAUCUUUCACAGAGAAGUUUUUAAUGUUAUUAAAUAUAUUGAGACAAUUUUUUGUUUUUAAAGAAAUCAGUAUAUUGUUUAUAUACAAAAUUGAAUUUUAGUUCGUAGGUUAAUGUCAACAUCCGUCACCAAUAACAAAACUGUUGGAUUAUUUCACUUGGUAUUUUGCCCUGACUCCAAAUCCUAAGAAACUUUUGUGAUUUUCCUCUGUCGUGCAGUAUGAGAUAGAGCUGUGAUGACUGGCUGUGGAUUUGAAAGUUCUCUGAGCUUUCUCAUUUGUCACUAAAACAUGUGACUUUCUACUUGGCGAACAGAGACAAAUAUUGAUGAUUUAUAUCAUACUUUGUUUGGAGGUUAUAGAUCGUUCCAGUCUUCGCAUUGAUGUGGCUUAUUCCUGGUUGGAAACCAGGAGCUAGGUGCCUCCCUCCCCUACUGCCCCAGGGAGUAUUCUUGUAAAGGGCACCUUGUUAGCAGCCUACCAAAGCCAGGGUGUAUCAGUAAAAAUGUAAUCCUACCCCUGCACACAUGUAAAGUAGAGAAUUACAUGCAAAGUGCCAAUUUGCAUGUAUGGAAAUGCACACUUUUGCUGGUGCCCCCUUGCUUCCCCCUUAGGAAAUGGGCUGAAAAAUUGACAAAUGAGUUAAGUUUCCUCUUUGGCAACUUGAGAUCAGCAUAGUGUAAUGGAAAAGGUCCAGGUUUGGGGGUUAGAAAGACUUAGAUGAAAAUCUCAGUGAAUUUAGGCAAACCACUUAACCUCUCUAAACCUCUACUUUCACAUAGGUAUUAAAUGGAGUUAAUACCAAUUAUACAGGGUUGUGUUGAGAGGAUUAAAUGACCUUGCAUAAAUUAGGUGCAGACCAAAAUAGGCGCUCUUAAUAAAUUAGAUGUUUAUCUCCUUUUUU